AACCUGAUUCCAUAAAAAAGAAAAAGUAGUGUAUACUUGUUUAGGGGAGAGAGAAGAAAAGCGGUGGGACGAUUAGAAAGGGUGAUAAGACCCAGAUUAACAUUUGUUUCUUCUUGAAGAUGGGAGGAGGAAUGGAAGCAAACAAGAAUAGGUGGAUAGAAGAAUGGGGUUCUGCUCGCGAGAAUCUCGAGCAUAACUUUCGUUGGACUCGCCGUAACUUUGCCCUCGUCGGCAUCUUCGGCAUCGCCAUUCCUGUCCUUGUCUACAAGGGCAUCGUCAAAGAAUUCCAUAUGCAAGACGAGGAUGCUGGGAGGCCCUACAGGAAGUUCAUUUGAGAGCGCUGUAGUUAUUUAAUAAUUCUGGGCAUUGUAAAAUUGGCUCUCUUCCCGAUUGUUGGUCAUGCUCAUCUCUUACUUGCUGAAACUUGUCUUUCAGAUCAUAUCUGUUGAAGCAUUUUUAAGGUGUUGAUUGUGAGUUUAUGAUGUGGUUUUUGCACUUAAAUAUCGAUUUGGGUUUUUGAUGGACAA